UAGUGAAAUUUCAAUCAACACCAACCUCGUCUUCAUCUUCCUCUUCCUCCACCUCAUCUGCAUCGUCAUUUUCCUGGUUGAUUACAAAUUCUUCUCCCUCAUCAGCAGAUUGCGAAGGUAGAGCCGACAUGACAGUCAUUACAGGCUGCGUGUCCCCUUUUGCUUGAAAAUAGUAGUGACCCGCUUGAUCCACAAACAGUACAAACAAACAACCAGCUUGUAACAAUAAUAGUUUUGAAUCUGAUGCAAAACAUUGAAAAUAAAAGGCUUGCCUUGGGAAGGAGUUUUUAUCAUCAAUUUCAGUUAUGCCUGGCGAGAAAGCACACUUUUCAACUUUGGCCAGCUGCAGUUGUAGGCCAAGCAGGACUAAUCGCCGGCUUGAAAGUGUAUUUUUUUCGUAGCAAGGCCAUCUGUGAAAUCCCCAGACACAACGUAUUGAUGUCCUUUGACAAUUUGAUCGGCCAAAAGGUCAGUUUUAGACGACAAGGAGGAUUUAAGAGAGGCAUUUUGAUGGAUUAUGUUAUGGAUCAAACAACAAUGAUGCCAGUGUUUUAUGUUGAAUGUGAAAAAAAAGCGAUAUUUGCUGUUGCGUUUUUCGAUUUGUUUCUAACUUCGAAGCAAGCUGAUAGAGUUUUGCCAGAGAUGUACUCGACAACUUCAUUGUUGUCUUGGUAAUAUACAUUAUAUAAGUGAU